AUGGAGAAGCAGCAUCGCCUUCAAGCGGAGGCAAACAAUUAUUGUCACCUCAGGAGCUUGCAAGGAAAUCAGAUCCCCGUCUAUCUUGGGACAUUCACGCCACGAGUCUCAUAUUGGUACCAUGGCGAAUUAAUGGCGCAGAUGAUGAUACUGAGCUGGUCUGGAAAACGUCUUCAGCAUGUCAUCAACGAUAAGAAUUCCAGAUUCUUUCACCAGGAGCGCGACAAAGCUCUGACCGUGCUCCGGUCGCAUGGAGUUGUCCAUGGCGACAGUAAGUGGCGGAAUAUGUUGUGGGAUGGCCUAGGUAGCCGUCUGGUUGUUAUUGACUUGGAGGACGUGAAAUGGUUGAAGCGCCCUCGUACCCUUGAACCGACUUCUGGAAAUGCACGGCAUGGUCAUCGCGCGAAGGUGGGAAAAUCUGGGCAAAAACUCUUGUCCAGCUCAACCGCUUUUUACACCUGA